AUGGCGCUAGAAAACUUCGGAGAACCAGGCAUCGAAGAAAACGUGGUGAAUGACGACGACGACGUAUGGAUGGUCCUGAUAAGAAUAGAUUUCACAAUAAAAAUGAGCAUUUUAAGAUAUGCCACAAAAUAUGCAUGGCAUGGUCCGUUCUCAUAA